AUGAAAGGACUGUGGGUUUUAGCCGCUCUCUCGAUUCCCACUGAAGCUCAGAAAGACCACGUUCAUAUCGGGUAUGCCGAUAAAUCUCAUGGCGAGGACUGGUAUGACUGCGGUCCUUAUGGAGGCUGGGGUUGUACUCCACCCGUGAGAGGCAGCGAACCACUGCCGAAGAAACACUAUUACGACAACAGCACUUUCAAACAGUUGAUAGACCACAACAACCCUAACCUGGGGACUUUUGACCAGUUCUACUACUACGACACAACGUACUGGAGGGGUCCCGGUUCGCCGGUGAUACUGUUUUCGCCCGGAGAAGUCAACGCUACUAUGUACCACAGCUUCUUAACCCCCAGCCAUGCAACAGGAGCCCUGGCUGAGCAGAUUGGCGCAGCUACAAUUGUUCUCGAACACCGUUACUGGGGCGAUAGCACACCAUUCCGUAACUUCACCACUGAAAACCUGAAGUACCUUACUGUCGAGAACAGCAUGAAGGAUAUAACGUAUUUCGCACGUCAAGUCCAAUUACCUUUCGCUACCGACGAGAGAAUUGGCAGUAGUGCCAAAGAUGUUCCAUGGGUAGCUAUAGGAGGUAGCUACUUCGCUGCCCUGCUAGUGUGGAUUGCAAGCCUCGACCCGGGCACUAUAUGGGCCUACUACGCUUCGAGUGCAUCAGUUCAAUCUGUUUCUGACUAUUGGGCCUACUUCCUUCCUAUACAAGAAGCUAUGCCGAAGAAUUGUAGUAGAGACAUCUCUCUUGUUAUCGACCAUAUGGAUGAUAUCCUCAGCGCUGGCUCUCGGGAUGAGCAACACGAACUCAAGGCCAAAUUUGGCAUGCAAGACGUCGCUCACAACGACGACUUCAUGAACGCUCUAGCGCGUGGUCCCUAUCUCUGGCUAGGGAAUCAGUUCACCUACAACACGGGCUUCUUCACGUUCUGCGACUAUAUUGAAAACGCAGUCAAUGCCACCCUCAACGACCUUCCGUCUGAAGCUGGUGUUGGUGUCGAUAAAGCGCUCGAAGGAUACGCGGAAUGGUGGAGAGAGGUCGAACUUCCCGGUUACUGCGCCGGGGAUCUUUAUCCUGAAUUCAACACUACAGGUAAUACUGACUGCUUCAAUACCUACAAUGCAAGCUCCCCACUAUUCACCGACACGACGCCGAGGAACGCCAUGAACCGGCAAUGGUUCUGGAUGAACUGCAACGAACCCUUCGGAAACUGGAAAGUCGGCGCUCCCUCAGGACGGCCAUCGCUCAUUUCUCGCCUCAUAACAACAGACUACUGGGUUCGUCAGUGCGGACUAUAUUUCCCCCCUGGACCGAAUGGAGAAACAUAUGGUCUCGCAGCGGGGAGAACCGAAGAGCACUUCAAUACGUACUUUGGGGGCUGGAAUAUCACCAACACAAGCCGGCUGAUCUUCGUCAACGGCGAAUUCGACCCGUGGAGAGAGAUCAGUGUUUCGGCAAAAGGGAGACCCGGAGGCCCGUUGCAGAGUACCGAGCAGGUACCAGUGGAAAUUGUGCCUGACGGUGUUCACACUAGUGACUUGAAUACGAAGAACGGAAAGGUCAACGCGGGAGUGAAAGAGGUGCAAGAUCGAGUGUUGAAGCAGUUAGUCGGGUGGGUUGAAGAAUGGCCUGGGGAGGCCACAUGA